AUGGCGGAACACGGUACUCGCCGCACCACCACCGACCUCCUUGAAGAAGCCAUUGCCACCCUUUCAGAGAAACACUCAGACUUAGCCAACAAAUUCGAAGCUAUGUGCAAGCGUCUUUCUCGCAUGAACCCGACACCGCCUCCACCCCCUCCUCUUCACCAGCCACAGCAUCCACCAGUUAAGCUAGAAGUACCUCGUUUUGACGGACAUGAUCCAUUAGGAUGGAUCUUCAAGAUUUCGCAAUUUUUCGAUUACCAAGGAACACCAGAUGAAGAACGCAUCACAGUGACAUCUUUCUAUCUCGAUGGGCCUGCGUUAAGCUGGUUCCAAUGGAUGUAUAGGAACGACUUCAUCACGUCGUGGCCAGCGUUACUCCAAGCCAUCGAAACCCGCUUUGCACCUUCCUUCUAUGAUGAUCCUCUAGGAGCGUUGUUCAAGCUAGUACAGCGAGGCACGAUCGCUGAUUACCUCACCGAAUUUGAGAGGUUAGAAAACCGGAUUGUAGGAUUGUCUCCUCCAGUUCUUCUAAGCUGCUUUAUUUCUGGGUUGAACCCAGAAAUUCGUCGAGAAGUACAAGCCUUCCAGCCUAUAUCGGUACCUCAGACCACUGCACUUGCUCAAAAAUGGAACCCUUCCCAUCGUUGCAAAGGAAGAGUUUUGUUCUUCAUCGCAAAUGCUGAUGACCCUCCUUCCUCGGAGACACCCAUACCUGAUUCUUCUUCCCACCUGGAGUCCACAUCCCCCGCGAACCCAGACAACUUUCACUCUACCUUUGACCCAGCACCAUUACAACCACAGGUUAGCCUUCACGCCAUGGCCGGUGUACCUGCUACGGAUACCUUCCGUCUUUACGGCAUGAUCAACAACACGCGUAUCACCAUACUAGUGGAUAGCGAAAGCACUCAGAACUUUGUGCAACCACGUGUUGCCAAGUUCUUGAAUCUCCGCAUGCAUGAUACGACUCCACUCUGUGUUAUGGUAGGGAAUGGUUCAGUUCUAGAUUGCCGGCAACUAUGUCCCGAUACCAGUGUGCUCAUUCAAAAUCACACCUUCGUUGUGACCUUGCGUGUUUUGCCGCUAAGUGGAGCAGAUGCAGUGCUUGGAGUCGAAUGGUUACGCACGCUUGGCCCGAUCAUGACAGACUAUUCCUCGUUCACCAUGCAGUUCACUCACUCCGGUCAACACGUCACUCUUCACGCUGACGUUCUAGUCGACGAGAACCCAGCCUCUGCCCACCAGAUCAAGCGCAUGAUCACCACAAACGCCACAUCAGGUCUCUUCCACUUAUCCCCUCUGCCCAUCACCCAACCCGAACCCGCCCUAGACCCGCCUCACCCCAUCCCCGCCAUUAACGAACUCCUGAUCAAAUAUCACUCUCUGUUCCAGCAACCCUCGACCCUACCACCUCCCCGCCAACAUGAUCACUACAUUAACCUCAUCCCAUCCUCCAAACCCGUCAACGUUCGUCCCUACAGGUAUCCUCAUUUCCAGAAAACGGAAAUUGAGAAACAGGUAACAGCAUUACUGGAUUCCGGUCUCAUUCAACCUAGCCGAAGUCCAUUUUCGUCUCCAGUACUUUUAGUGAAGAAGAAAGACGGAACAUGGUGUAUGUGCAUAGACUAUCGCGCGCUUAAUUCGAUCACUGUACAAGAUCGCUUCCCUCUUCCCGCAAUCGAAGAACUUCUCGACGAACUAGGAAGCGCCUCCUGGUUUUCAAAACUCGAUCUGAGACAAGGAUUUCAUCAGAUCUUGAUGGCGGAGAAGAUAUACCGAAAACAGCUUUUCGCACACAUCAUGGACACUAUGAAUAUCGUGUCAUGCCUUUCAGUCUUUGUAACACGCCGUCAACGUUUCAGGCAGCCAUGA